UUUAACAUCAUGUACAUCUCCCCCGUUCCUUUUUUUAGGGCUAUAUUUUAUUAGUAGUGUGUUUUGUAUAAAACUGUCCAUCAUGUGUGUUUGGGCGAUUAAAUAUUCCAAAAAGGCAUUUGUUAUUUUAAUUUAUUUAAACUGUUAGGCCAUAUGACAAAUUUUAAAUGCUAAAACAUGAAACUAUGCUACUGACAUGAGUCAUCGUUAAUUUUUUAGGAAAGUUAAAUUAUAAAACACUAUUGUUCAUUUGAGCAAAACAAAAUUUGAAACUAACAUGUAGUCUGUUUAUGGUGGAAUAUAACGCGUUUGUAUUUUUAAUGUUGAUCGGUAUUUUCAGACUUGUUUAUGGUGUUUGAUGAAGAUUUAGUUGGUUGUAUACUGAAAUAGGGUCUUCUUUUUAUUUGACCUUUCCAUUCAGUUUCUGCCACAACGAGUCGUUUGUCUCCAUAAGUCCUGUGCACUAAACGCACUCAAACAUGUUCUGAUAUCUUGGAAUAUGGAAAUUAUAGAUGUGUUUUUGUGUUACAACAUAUUACCACUCUCUCUUUCGUGCUAUGGUCUUUUAUUUUCUGUUGUUAGUCGAUAUAGGUGAACGUUUAGAUGUGUUUUCAGAUAUGAGCGGGUGCAGCUUCUAAUUGUAAGUAUUUUUAUUUAAAGUAAAGCGAAUAAUCUCAAGAAAAUAUGUGAAUUUGAUUUUCUUCUAUUUGCAACCUUCUGUAGUUCAGGAUUAUGGACUCGUAGGGACGCUGUUGUCCAAUAUCUGUGAGUAAAGACAUGGAACCACCUGAUCCGUCUUCAUUGGUCCAGGAGGACACAAAAGACGCACAGGGUUGGGACGCACACCAGUAACGGGAUUGACUCCGUUGUGGAUGCUGUUUAUUUUAGAUCUCUUAUGCAGGAGAAACAUAUAAAAAGAAGAUUCGAAGAGACAAAGGAUUAAGCCUUAAAGGACACUUUUUAAACGAUAACUUUACACGGUGGGGGGAAGGACGACCAGAACAAUGAAAGGAGAGGUGCUGCUUUUUAUUUCUCUUCUGCGCGUCUGUUCAGUGAGAGGGCAGGUCAGCUACUCCAUUCCCGAGGAAAUGCCAAAAGGAUCGUUCGUCGGACAUGUUGCACAAGACCUGGGUUUGGAUGUGAAAAGACUGAUCUCGGGAAAGGCCCGCAUUUACACGGGAGACAAUGCCGAGUAUAUCGAGCUGAACAGAGAAAAGGGAGUCCUGCUGGUUAGAGAGAGGAUCGACAGAGAGACUGUGUGUGCACUGACGGCUCCGUGUGCCCUCCACUUCCAGAUUAUUUUGGAAAAUCCGAUGGAAUUUUACAGCAUUGUCGUCGAAAUAACUGAUGUUAAUGACAACGCCCCAUUUUUUAAAAGAGGUGAAAUUAAUUUCCGGAUUAGUGAGUCAGCGGUAAUAGGCAGGAGAUUUGAGCUUGAACAGGCGUUAGACUGGGAUGUCGGAAUGAACAGUCUACAAAAUUAUUUGUUAACUCCAACUGAUAAUUUUGUGUUAAAGCUGCAAAAUCAGGUGGACGGAAGCAAGAUGGUGGAAAUGGUUUUGCAAAAGCCUUUAGAUAGAGAACAGAAGGACCAAUUGUCACUUGUACUAACUGCAGUAGAUGGCGGUGAGCCACAGCUCUCUGGGUCGGUUCAGAUAAAAAUAAACGUGCUCGAUAGUAAUGAUAAUGCUCCCUUUUUUACUCAAAGAGUAUAUAAAGCCGCAGUAAAAGAGAAUUCCCCCGCAGGAACGGCUGUGAUAAAGGUCAGUGCUUCAGACUUAGACGAAGGAUCUAAUGCCAAGAUAUCUUAUGUGAUACUAAACACUGUUGAUGACGCAUCUGAGAUGUUUAGCAUAAUGAAAGAAACCGGUGACAUCACCUUAGCUGGAACCGCUGACUUUGAAAAGAAAAAGCAAUAUCAAAUCCGCGUUCAGGCAAGUGAUGAAGGGGGGUUGACUGAUUCGAGUAAAGUUAUAGUUGACAUAUUAGAUACAAAUGACAAUAAACCUGUCAUAAAUAUUAUGUCAAAGUCAACCCUUUUAACAGAGAAUAUUCGGCCUGGCACAGUGGUGACGAUAAUCAACAUUCUGGAUCCAGAUUCUGGUGAAAAUGGGAAAGUUCGGUGUGAAAUAAAUAAUGAUAUCCCAUUUUCAGUGUCUUCAACGUCGAAUAAUUUCUACAGUUUAGUGACAGACAGCGAGUUAGACAGGGAGGGAGCCUCUGAGUAUAACAUCACGGUGAGCUGCUCUGAUGAAGGAGUGCCCUCCCUCUCCAGCAGCGUCACUCUCACCUUACAGAUCUCUGAUGUGAACGACAACGCGCCUGUCUUUGAGAGGAGCUCAUAUGAGGCCUACAUUGUAGAAAACAACACACCAGGUCUCUCUAUAUUCACAGUGAAAGCCACAGACGCUGACUGGAACCAGAAUGCCCGUGUUUCUUACAUACUGGAGGACUCCUCCGUUAACGGAGCUCCGGUCUCCUCAUAUGUGUCCGUUAGUGCUGAUAGCGGGGUCAUCCACGCAGUGCGCUCUUUUGACUACGAGCAGAUCAAAGACUUCCGGUUUCACGUUAAAGCGCAGGAUGGAGGCUCUCCUCCUCUCAGCAGCAACGUGAGUGUGAAAAUACUGAUCCAGGACCAGAACGAUAACCCCCCUCAGGUCCUGUACCCGGUCCAGACUGGAGGCUCCGUGGUGGCUGAGAUGGUGCCUCGUUCAGCAGAAGUGGGCUAUCUGGUGACUAAAGUGGUGGCUGUUGAUGUGGACUCUGGACAGAACGCCUGGCUCUCCUAUAAACUGCAGAAAGCCACAGACAGGGCGCUGUUUGAAGUGGGCUUACAGAAUGGAGAAAUCAGAACUAUCCGUCAAGUGACUGAUAAAGAUGCUGUGAAACAAAGACUGACUGUUAUAGUGGAGGACAACGGCCAGCCCUCUCGUUCAGCUACAGUCAUUGUUAACGUGGCGGUGGCGGACAGCUUCCCUGAAGUGCUGUUGGAGUUCACUGACUCUACACACGACAAGGAGUACAAUGACAACCUGACUUUUUACUUAGUCUUGGCUCUGGCUGUAGUUUCCUUCCUCUUCAUCACCUGUUUGGUGGUUAUCAUCUCAGUGAAAAUCUACAGAUGGAGACAGUCUCGCAUCCUGUAUCACUCCAGCCUCCCUGUCAUUCCAUAUUAUCCACCACGUUACUCAGACACGCUGGGGACAGGAACUCUCCAACAUGUGUACAACUACGAGGUGUGCAGGACCACUGACUCCAGAAAGAGUGACUGUAAGUUCGGCAGAGCUGCUAGUCAGAACGUGUUGGUAAUGGACCCCAGUUCUACAGGAACCAUGCAGAGGAUGCAGGGUGAGAAGAGCAUCCUGGAUGCGCCUGACUCUCCUUUGGAGGUUAGCUGUUUUUUCUUACUUCUCAUGUCAAGUUGUUCUACAUUUUUAGUUCGUUUUCAUCCAGUAUUUUGUGUCCCUUGUCUACUUUCAGCACCAUGGACAGAGAUGUUUUCUUUCUGAGUGAAUUAAAUUCUUGCAUUUUCACUUAAUGCACAUUUGACUACUUACAUAGAUUCACCAAAUCCCUUAAUUCUUACAUUUAUGUUAAUUAUCUUCAGAAACCUAUAGUUUUUAAGUUCUUACGUAAAAAAUAUGAACUGAUUUUUUGUGAUAACCAAGAAAUAGAUUAUGAUCGCCAUCAGUCAGGUUUUAUCACUAAAGAUAAGUGUGUGGUUGUUGUUGUUUUUUUCUUUACGUUUUUGAGCGUUGGUGUUGUGGUGCCUUCGGAGGUAAAAUGCUCGUUCAAUAAUCAAAGUGUUGAUGGUUCGAAUCCAGAUCCUUCAUUUUUCCCAUAAAAUAUCGUUUGUGACUGUCGAAGGCUGAAUGGCAGCUUUACUUCCUUUGGUAUCCCAGCCAGGUCAGUUGUGGAUGUAAAGUGGCUCACCACUGAAAAAAGUUGAUUGGAUUGCAACCAUUGGAGUAUCUCUGAUCCUUUUUAUGUGACUUGCAAAGAGCAAGGAAAUAAAUCUGAUCAAAGUUUCUUUUAUCACAGUAAUAUCUACAACACAACUACGAGUUUUAUUUAUUUAUUUUUCAUUUCCAUAACUUAUUUUUUCAACACAUUCUCACACCCCAAGCGUCGGAAACAAACGCUUGGUCAGCCACCCUCCACGUCAGACCCCAGACGCCAAAAGUGCCUGUUAGCCGAUGUUGUUUUAACACAGCGGAAUCAAGACGUAAGUUGAAGUGUAAGUGUUGCAGCUAUGGAGGUUAACUCAUGAAACUCACACGGACUCAAAGAUUCACCAUUUUAGAGCUCGGCGUCAGACGGCCAGUCCAUUACAUCCGGGUACCGCUCACACGCCCAUCUUUCGCCAGGAGUUCGCUUUUAUUUACUAAUGUCGCAGGUCAAAGGUUACACACACACACAUCACUUCCGUUUUUCCAUGCCCAUAAAAAGAACAAACCUCACAUAUACACAAACACACAACAUCAGAACAUAACACUUAAUACUCCCACUUGUUCUGAGGUUUUGUUGUCCCAUUGUCUCUCAGAAGCAUUAAAAAUCUUGACCAAACAUAAAGUGGUUGAACUUGACAAGCUUGCAGGUUGUAACAGGUUUUGUCAUGACAUCUGCAACCAUUUGGUCGGUUGGACAAUAGCUCAGACAUAAUAAUCCAUCCCUUACGGUUGAUCUUACAAAAUG